AUGACUGGUGAAGAGGAGAAUGGGAUUGAGCAUCUCCAGAUGGAGGCAGGGCAGCAGAGGGAGCAUCAAGGAGCCGAUUUUAGGAUGCUGGAGGCCAGACAAAGGAGAGGUGUCUGGUGGAUGAGGAAGCACGCAAACGCAGUGGAAGCCAGUGCCUAUAGAAUAGCAGGGCUGGGGGAGCCUCUGACGGGCUGGAAGAAGCGCGGGAAAGGAGAGAAUGAGACCAGCACCCUCAUGACUGAACUGAAGGAGCUCCAUGAUGAGAAGCAACGACUGAUGGAUCAAGGGAAUGAAGAAGAAGAAGAGGAGGAGGAAGAAGAAGAGGAGGAAGAAGAAGAAGAAGAAGAAGAGGCAACGGAGAUCCCCAGCAAUCAAACAGAAACAUACUCCACUUUUACAGAGUCUCCUCUUAGAGAGUGUCAGACUGCUGACAGAGAAAUCAGCUGCAGGGGCGUCGGCUUGACUCACCUGCCAAUCAUCCACAAUCUGCUGGCCACCAAUCUGGACAUGGCAGAGAACAACAUCAGAAUCAUCACUCCACAAGAUUUCUCUGGCGUGCCGAACCUGGACACGCUGGACCUGAGUAAAAACAAACUGGAUGAUGAGUCGCUGAGCAGUAACCCGCUGUCUGACUUGACCUUUCUGAAGAAGCUGAACCUAGAUGGCAACAAGCUAACCAGGAUCCCAGCGCUGCCUCCAUCUCUGGAGCAGCUCAGGAUCAACAACAACCAGCUCAGUACACUCACCCCUCACUGUUUCAAAGGUUUGACAAACCUGUUGAUUCUGGAGCUGGAGGAAAACUUCCUCCAUGAAGGCAGUGUGUCGCCGCUUACUUUCAGGCCACUACAGGGACUUCUGGACCUCCAGUUGGACAACAACCGCUUCCGUUCCCUUCCUCUGGGCCUUCCUCCCUCUCUGCAGGAGCUGGAGAUAAAUGAAAAUCAGAUUGAGGAGGUGACCAAGGAGGCACUGAGAGGCUGUGUCCAUCUGAGAGUGCUGGACAUGAGUCACAACCUGCUGCAUGAGCAAGGCAUCGCUACCAAGGCCUGGUCCAGUCUCAACACCCUGGAGUCCUUGGACCUGUCUUACAACCGGUUCACCUCUGUCCCGAUGAAUCUGCCACGCCGUCUCCAGAAACUGUCCCUGCAACACAACAACAUCAGUCACAUCACCGCCUUCACCUUCCGUCACAUGCGGUCGAGCCUACAGUCCCUCCGUCUAUCCCACAAUGCCUUGAGCAAUGAGGGCUUAGAGCGGGUCUCUCUUGUUGGAGCGUACCGCUCACUGGGUGAGCUCCUGCUGGACAACAACCAUCUGAGUCAAAUCCCUCGCUGCAUUCGCCAGUUUAAGAACCUGAAGUUGCUGAAACUAGACAACAACCAAAUCAGGCUGGUGAGGAAGUGGGGAGUGUGCCACCCUGGUAAUGCUGGCUCCACCUUGGCUUCCAUCCAUUUGGAAAACAAUCUGCUGGAGGUGGAGAAGAUCCCCCCAAAUGCCUUCUCCUGUCUCUCGGAUGCUCAGGGACUGGUCCUCUAUCCACAAAAGGGGCACUCGUAUCACAAAUAGGCUGCAAAGUUGGACAAACUAAGAUGGACAGAUACAUUCCCAAAUACAUGUACAUGCAUAAUCAUGGCAUACAGCCACUCAAUAUUUCUGUAGGCAGGGUCUACAGAAAAAUAUCUCUAUCAUGUAGUUUGCUUAGUCAGUCAGUGCUAUCAUGUUAUUGUCCCAAAACCUGUCUUUCUCUUUCACUUCUCACCUUUGAUUAGGAGAAUAACAGUGAUGUGUUUGUAUGUAAUUUAUACAGUAAUGGAAAGAAUCAUUAUGUAAAAGGAUAAUACAUGACGGUUGUUUCCAGAUCUGCUCCAAACACCGGCCUAUAUCUGUCAUUUCAUUCAAGUAAGUGACACCUUUGAGGAAAUGGAUAAUAGCUUAACCUAGUCUCAGUCUGGGGCUUGCAGGUAGAGCCUUUAGUCAGGUAAUGUAGAAACAAUGUGAGUGUGUUUUGAUUUGGGACACAGGGGGGUCAAAUCUUGGGACUGCAGCAUGGGGGUCACUGAGAGAAAGUUAAAAUAUCUGGUGACACAGUGUGAACCUAAGGGGCCCAUUAGGAAAGAAAAUAUAAACAUCACGCAGGUUUCCUAUCACCAGAUGAUUUCCAACAUAAACAUCCACCACCAGCCGCUCAGCAAAAACACAUAAAGUCACUCUGACUGUGAGGGGGGGGGUGGGGGCUCAGUUGGGGCCUACAAAUGUGUAGGAGUGUG